CUACAACCAUGGCGGUACAACACAGAGGAUGCACAUGUUUUUCAGAGAAUUUUAAGUUUUACUGUUAUUUAUGUACAAACAUUCAGUAUUGGCUACACUGCAAGUAGUCCUAUUACUGUUCUGUUCCAAUCGAAUUUACAAAUCGAGAUAGCAGUGGGUCAGAUUUAUGUUAUGGAAGUUGCGUGGUUGUUAGUCUAACCAUAACCUGUCUAAUUUAAAAUGUUGACUUGUUUAAGCAUAAUAUUGAUUGGUUCGAGUGUAGUAUAUCGUUUUGUUUCUUAACAUAGAUUACUUAUCCUAUAACUCUUGAUCGCAGUGCUCCUACUAAAUGUGAAAGCUAAAGAAAGUGCUAAUCAGUGUUUCAUAGUCUUUCUGAAGAAUUUCUAGUAAUUGUGAGAUUUGUACAAUGUCUUUUCUACGACUGUGGAGAGACAGUAUUCUAAAGUGUGUUAGGUAUUACUCUAAUAGGAAUAUAUUAAAACUUCAUGAGAGAGGAAUGUAUGAUGAUAUAUUUCCCACAAAUUCCAACCAGGAAGUGAUCGACCUUCUGAAUGCCAGACCACAGUGUGUGUAUGCUGGGUUUGAUCCAACAGCCAGUAGUCUACAUGUUGGAAAUUUAUUGGUUUUGAUAAACUUGUUACAUUGGCAGAGGGGUGGACACAAAGUUAUAGCACUUGUUGGUGGUGCAACUGGAAGGAUAGGGGACCCAAGUGGCCAUACUGUUGAAAGGCCAGAAUUACAGUCAACACUUGUCAGAACCAAUGUACGUUCCAUAGAGGAAAAUAUCCGUCAAAUCUUUACUAAUCAUGAGCAAUAUCUCUGGAAGAAACAUGCAAGCUCACGCACGUUGACUCCAGCAAAGAUUGUUGACAACCUAGAUUGGUAUUCAGAACAGAACAUUCUUGAGUUUGUUAGUCGUGUUGGACGCCACUUCCGACUUGGCACCAUGCUUCUCAGGCACAGUGUUCAGUCCAGGUUGUCAUCAGAAGCUGGUAUGAGUUUUACUGAGUUCUGCUACCAGGUGUUCCAAGCAUAUGAUUGGCUGCAUCUACUACAGAGAUAUGACUGCAGAUUCCAAGUCGGAGGCAGUGAUCAGAUGGGCAAUAUUGUAUCUGGCCAUGAGCUUAUCUCAAGAGUUACAGAUAUCAAAGUUUAUGGUUUAACACUUCCAUUGGUAACAACAGAAAGUGGCCACAAGUUUGGUAAAAGUGCGGGUAAUGCAGUAUGGUUGAGUGCAGACAAGAGUUCGCCAUUUGAGUUAUAUCAGUUCUUUGUACGGUGUAACAUAAUGGAAAAACACCAGAAAAGUCCUGAACUGAGAAUUGCUCAGAAGAAACUUGCUGAACAGGUGUUGCUUCUUGUUCAUGGAGAGGAAGGACUUGAGAUAGCCCUGAAGGCCACAUCUGCCCUUUAUGACCAAUCUGCCAAGAGUUUACUGGAACUGAGAGCAGAAGACAUUGGAAGUAUGUUUGAGGGAGCAAAGGUCUGUGAGCUGCUGUUACAGCCAGGUACAACUACGCUAGAUGUGGCAAUGCAGGCUGGAUGUUUUGCCAGUGAAAGAGAUGCAGUGAGAAUCAUAUCUGCUGGAGGUUUUUAUAUCAAUUACCAACGAGUUACUAAGAUAGAUGAAGUCUUAACUGAAGCAGCACACAUAUUACCUAACAACGUCACAUUAAUUAGAGUUGGCAAGAAGAAUUACUACAUUGUCAAAUGGUUGAAGUGAACCAAUUUAUUGGACAACACACAUGUUAGUGCACAACUACACAGGUCAAGCUGGCUUUAGUUGGAGUGUAUUCAGAGCCUUCGUAAGAGGGAUCAUAAGUGGAGGAAAG